AUGAAUAUUCGAUUUAUUGGGCUGAAUUAUCCCGGAUUUUCCUAUUCGAAAAGUUAUGCGGGACAGGAUUUUGGGAAUGUUGAGCGGCAAUUGUUUAGCGAUCAAUUGAUUGAUGAAUUGGGAAUUUCGGGAAAAAUUGUUUUUAUGGGACAUAGUCGAGGAUGUGAGAAUACUUUGCAAACUGCUGUAGAGCGAAAGGUGGGGGAUUUUUCCCUGGGAGUUUAAAAAAAUCUAAAAUUCCAGGCUCACGGUCUAGUCCUCAUCAACCCUUUCGGUCUUCGUCGACACCGCGGAAUUUCCCCUGAAUAUAAACUUCGAUAUGUCACAAAAAUCUACGAUCUCCUCCCAAAAACCAUCGCUGACCUACUGAUCUACAAAAUCUAUCGAUCUAUGAAAUUCCACAUUCAUUGCCCUGAAGAAUGUAUAAGUGCGUUGAGAUCUGUGAAUGAUGUGAUGCUAGAAAAACAAUUAGAAUUUAUUGAGAAGUUGAAUAGUCUUGAAAACACUAGAAUCCUGAUUUCCUAUGCUGGAAGAGAUCAAUUCAUCGAAUCGAAAAUCAUGGAAGAAUGCCUGGAGAAAUAUGAAAAUUUGGAGGCUUUGGUGAGCAGACAACCGUAGAAAUUAAAUAUAAAUAUGGUUUUUUUUUCAGAAAUUUCAAAAUGAUCCAGAUAUCGAUCAAAUUUGUGAUGUUUUUUGA